GGCGCCGGGGUUCCUUGAGGCUCAGCAGACUCCACCCGUCCUUGUCCCCCCAACCCCAGUAGUGCUGGGCCUAGGGGUACGCGGGACUCGCCUGGUGUCUCCCGCACCGCUGGCGCGGGCAAGGGAGGAGGGGCCGCGAGAGGCAGAAAUUUGGUCCCCACACGCUUCUCCAGGGACAAGAAGCCAGGGACAGGAGCAGGGAUUCCGGGAGCAGCUGUGCUGGAUGCCCUGGAGGAACAAGGAGGCCUCCAGUCCAUCUUCUGCUAACCCCACCUUGGAGGCCCUCCAGAGCCCCAGCCUCAGAGGCAACAUGGCAGACAAGCUGAAGGACCCAAGCACCUUGGGCUUCCUGGAGGCCGCCGUGAAGAUCAGCCACACGUCCCCAGAUAUCCCGGCCGAGGUGCAGAUGUCGGUCAAGGAGCACAUCAUGCGUCACACACAGCUGCAGCGACAAACCACAGAGCCAGCGUCAUCCACCAGGCACACGUCCUUCAAGCGCCACCUGCCACGGCAGAUGCACGUCUCCAGCGUAGACUACGGCAACGAGCUGCCGCCAGCAGCAGAGCAGCCCACCAGCAUUGGCCGCAUCAAGCCCGAGCUCUACAAGCAGAAGUCAGUGGAUGGGGACGAUGCCAAGUCCGAGGCCACUAAGAGCUGCGGGAAGAUCAACUUCAGCCUGCGCUACGACUACGAGAGCGAGACCCUGAUUGUGCGCAUCCUGAAGGCCUUUGACCUCCCUGCCAAGGACUUUUGUGGAAGCUCUGACCCUUAUGUCAAGAUCUACCUCCUGCCUGACCGCAAAUGCAAGCUGCAGACCCGGGUGCACCGCAAGACCCUGAACCCCACCUUCGAUGAGAACUUCCACUUCCCUGUGCCCUACGAGGAGCUGGCUGACCGCAAGCUGCAUCUCAGUGUCUUCGACUUUGACCGCUUCUCCCGCCACGACAUGAUUGGCGAGGUCAUCCUGGAUAACCUCUUUGAGGCCUCUGACCUGUCCCGGGAAACCUCCAUCUGGAAGGACAUCCAGUAUGCCACGAGUGAAAGUGUGGACUUGGGAGAGAUCAUGUUCUCCCUCUGCUACCUGCCCACAGCAGGCAGGCUCACCCUCACAGUGAUUAAAUGUCGGAACCUCAAGGCGAUGGACAUCACAGGCUAUUCAGAUCCGUAUGUCAAAGUGUCCCUGCUCUGUGACGGGCGGAGGCUGAAGAAGAAGAAGACAACCAUAAAGAAGAACACUCUCAAUCCUGUCUACAACGAGGCCAUCAUCUUCGACAUUCCCCCUGAAAACAUGGAUCAAGUCAGCCUGCUCAUCUCGGUUAUGGAUUAUGAUCGAGUGGGCCACAAUGAGAUCAUAGGAGUCUGUCGUGUGGGGAUCAAUGCCGAAGGCCUGGGCAGGGACCACUGGAACGAGAUGCUGGCAUACCCACGGAAGCCCAUUGCACACUGGCACUCCCUGGUGGAGGUAAAGAAAUCCUUCAAAGAGUGGCAGGGCCGAGCUGCCAGCUUUGACAGUGAGAGCUCCUGUCCGUCUCCGAAACCACCUCCGACACCAUGAGCUGCACAGCCAAGCAACACAAACGGGACUCAGCAAUGUUCUUUUUACACUUGUUCAACCGUCUAAACACAGUGUUGUGCAGUUGCAGCGGCAGCUGUAGCCGUCUGUCACUCCGGAAUCUUACCUGCUCCUGUGUAGGUCAAGGCUGAGACGCUUGUCGUGUGGUCAGAUCUGUCUUAGUCUUUUCUGUCUCCUAAGGUGAUGUUUUUGUGGUUUUCACUGUUU